CACAUCUCGGUGAUGUUGCUUGUUGCGUUCGUGCUCUUAUCAAAUGAAUGAGAGCGUGAAGUAGGAGGCUCCUCGAAACAACCUGCAUAUAUAUAGAGCCAGCCUACCGGACACAACAAGGAACCUGCUGAGAACAUCCAGCGUCGCAGCAAAGAUGAACACGGAUGCGAUUGUUAUCGUUUCUGCCGCAAGGACGCCUAUAGGAUCAUUCAAUGGCGCCUUAAGCAGCGUGCCUCUCAAUGAUCUGGGAACAGUAGUCAUUAAAGAUGUGCUUAAGAGGGCCAAUCUAAAGCCAGAAGACAUCUCAGAGGUCAUCAUGGGUCAUGUUCUCACUGCAGGUCAUGGGCAGAAUCCAGCCCGUCAGGCAAGUGUUGGUGCUGGUAUCCCAUACUCAGUGCCAGCAUGGAGUUGUCAGAUGAUCUGUGGAUCUGGUCUGAAGGCUGUGUGUCUUGGUGCUCAGUCCAUCAUGACUAAAGAAUCCACUAUAGUAGUAGCAGGAGGGAUGGAGAGCAUGAGUCGGGCUCCUCAUAUAAUGCAGAUGAGGUCAGGGGUGAAGAUGGGAGAUGCUACUUUGCAGGACUCUAUAUUGACUGAUGGACUCAUAGACGCCUUUUACAGUUACCACAUGGGAAUCACAGCUGAGAAUGUGGCCAAGCAGUGGGAGGUGUCCCGUGAAGCUCAGGACCAGUUUGCCGUGACAUCACAGAACAGAACUGAAGCGGCUCAGAAGGCUGGAUAUUUUGACCAGGAGAUUGUGCCAGUUACUGUUCCCUCUAGGAAAGGUCCAGUUGAGGUCAAAGCUGAUGAGUUUCCUCGGCAUGGCAGUAAUAUUGAUGCUAUGUCCAAACUAAAGCCCUACUUUGUGAAGGAUGGUUCUGGCACAGUGACAGCUGGCAAUGCAUCAGGCAUAAAUGAUGGAGCUGCAGCUACUGUUCUCAUGAGCCAAUCAGAGGCCCAGAGGCGGGGCUUAAAACCAAUGGCACGCAUCACGUCCUGGGCUCAGGCAGGCCUUGACCCUUCAGUCAUGGGCACAGGGCCAAUUCCAGCUAUUAGAAAAGCUGUUGAGAAAGCUGGAUGGAAGCUGGAUGAGGUUGACCUGUUUGAGAUAAAUGAAGCGUUUGCUGCUCAGUCCGUUGCAGUGGUAAAGGAGCUCGGCCUAAACCCUGAUAAGGUGAAUGUGUGUGGAGGGGCGAUCUCUCUCGGACAUCCUCUCGGCAUGUCCGGCUGUAGAGUGUUGGUGACCCUGCUUCAUGCACUUCAGAGGACGGGGGGACGGAAAGGCAUCGCUUCAUUGUGCAUAGGAGGUGGAAUGGGUAUUGCCAUGUGUGUAGAGAGAGAAUAAGCACUGAGCGCUGAUACAGACAAAUUGCUUCUGAACUGUAAUCAUGUUUGUCAUGUUCAAAACGGAUGUUUAAAAUCUUAACAGGCUGAAACUAAAGCAAGUACAUACUCAAGUCAGUACUGUAAAGGAAGGGAAACCUGUAGUUAAAUUCAUACAUGGCCAAUUGUCUAAUGUGUCAUCAUAUACAGUGUAUCUGAGACAUUUUGCACUUAACAUUACUGUAUUCUCUUCAGUCUUUAGUGAUUUAUGAUGAUACAUAAAGAGGAGUUAUUGUAUACCAGAUUUUAAGACAUUCCUUUUCUGUGUUAAUCGUCUAUGAUUACUGAUUUACUCUAACAGUAAAGCUUUUAUUGGUAUUAAAACUGGGUCUGUCUACAAGCAUAGUAACAAAAACCUGAUUGAAUAAGUGUUCUAUGUAUAUUAAUCCAUCAGUUGAAUGGAUUCAGUCUGUUUUCAGCUGAAUGGAAAUUGGACCUACUGUAGUACUUAGAUAAGACCUGUCUACACUGUGCAAUAGAAAACUGCCUAAGAAAUGUCAAAUGUGCCAAAAGGCAAAAUUAGCCUUUAUCCUGUGCUUCCAGUAGCCAUAGUCUGCUUUUAAUACUCUCUCCCAAUGUUAAUUUAUACCUCAGGGGAAAAGCUGUUUACAUAUUUAGCCUGUGCUGUACUUUUAAUCUUACUGCUUAAUAAAGAAUUUAACGGAGA